AUGGUUGGACCGGGAAGACCAGAAUUUGUGCUGUUUGGGUCGUCCAUUGUUCAGUACAGUUUAAGCCACGAAGGGAAUCUAGGAUUUGGUGCUAUUCUUGCUGACAAAUACGCUCGUAAGGCAGAUAUAUUUCUAAGAGGAUAUACAGGUUGGAAUUCAAGAAAUGCUUUGACCAUUCUUGAUGAAGUUUUCCCUAAGGAUGCUGCCGUACAACCUUCAUUGGUUAUAGUUUAUUUUGGAGGUAAUGAUUCAAUGAACCCUGGAAAUAGUAUUGGCUUCAGUCCUUACGUACCUCUUGAUGAGUACAAACAAAACAUGAAGAAGAUUGCUGAACAUCUGAAGAGCCUUUCUGAGAAGACUCGCCUCAUCUUUCUGGGUGUUCCUCCUGUAGAUGAGAAAUUGAUUGAAGGGAGCGGUCGCACAAUGGAGGGCUGCAGAAUAUAUUCAGAAGCUUGUUUAGAGGUGUGCAGGGAUUUGGAGGUGAAAGCCAUUGACCUUUUCAAUGCAAUACAGCAAAAGGAGGAUUGGGAUGGAGUCCAUCUUACAUCCGAAGGAAACAAAAUAGUAGCAAACGAGAUUAUGAAGGUCCUUGAAGAGGCUAAGUGGGAACCAAGUCUAUAUUGGAAGUCAAUGCCAUCAGAAUUUGUAGGAGUGACACCGUUUGACCCAGAAGGCAACGAGAAUUGA